AUGCCUGAUAGCUCAAUCAUCCCUGUGCUGAUAGUUGGGGCUGGGCCCGUAGGCCUCAUUGCUGCACUCACGCUUCGCAAGAACGGUGUACCUGUGCGUAUCAUUGAGAAAGAUUCAAGGGUGCAUGUUGGGCAGCGCGGCGCGGCAAUCAUGCCUCGUACUCAGGAGAUCUACAAGUCCUUGGGAAUUCUGGAUGAUAUACACGCGAAGGCUACGCCAAUGAAUCAAGUGCGAAUGUAUAGGCUGCCAGAUGGUGUUGAACCUCUCACGACGUUCGUGGUGGAACCAGGGGCGGAACCUAGCCCCGCCAGGCCUUAUAGAAACACGUCUAUGUUGGGCCAAGACCACACGGAAGAGAUCUUGCGGACACACAUCGGACGCUAUGAUUGUCAAGUGGAAUUUGGGACCGCCCUAGCCGGCUUCCGGCCGGAGGAUGGCUACGUCCUAGCACACGUUGUCAAGAUGGUCGGUGAUAAGGAAAUACUCGAGAUUAUCAAAUGCCGCUGGCUCAUUGGCACUGAUGGGGCCAGAGGAAUCGUCAGGAAGCAGCUCGGUCUUGCCUUCAACGGCGAAACGCUAGGAGCGACCCACCACAUGGUCAUCGGAGACAUUGAAAUGAAAGGACUCGACAAUAAAUACUGGCAUUACUGGGGGGAUAUGAGCACCAUCAUGGUCAUGCUCCGUGCGACUGAGGACGACGGCAUCUAUUUCCUAUUCAUAGGAGGUCAUAUUGACCAUGCGAAGGUCGUCGCGGAGCGGGCGGAACUGGAGAGAGUCAUCAGGAUCGGUACCGGUCGCACGGACAUUCAGUUGGGGAAGGUUCGCUACGUCGCGCAAUACAGGCCCCAUGUUCGAAUGGCCGUGAACUUCGGCAAAGGCCGGGUCCUUAUUGCUGGUGACGCCGCGCAUAUCCACAGCCCUUUUGGCGGACAAGGGCUCAAUUCAGGUGUUCAGGACGCUGUGAACCUCGCGUGGAAACUCUCCCUGGUCGAGAAAGGUGUUGCAGCCCCUUUACUGCUCGAUACUUACGCGGAGGAGCGUAUCCCAGUCAUCGCAGAGAUGCUCAAGGCAACCACAAAGCUGUUUGACUCCGCCAUGCACGUCAAAGCAUGGGAUAGCGCAAACACCGAGAAAGCGUGGCGUCGGGGCGGAGAGCUACACAUGUUCGGCGUAAACUACCGCUGGAGCUCAAUCGUGGUCGACGAGCGCACGCCAAAGGAGGAGAUACCUGUCGACCCGUACGGUGUGUCGUACUCGGCCACGGACAUCGUGCGGGCGGGUGAUCGUGCUCCCAACGCGCCUGGCCUUAUCAUACUCGAUUCCACUGGCGGGCAACAGAGGACAACGGCGACGUCGCUGUUCGACAUAUUCGGACCAUCCUAUCAUACUGUCAUGGUCUUUUGCGACGGGACAGACAAGCCAGACCAAAUCUGGUCGUGCUUGGGGGCAUAUCCUUUGGAGAUCCUGCGCAAAGUGUUGGUCUGCGCCCGGUCUGACGACACGCGUUCUUGGGCAAAUAUCGUGAACGCUGAUGUGGCCGUGGUCGACCGAGACGCGCACGUACACGCGGGAUACCAGGUACAGGAGGAUGAACUCGUAGUAAUCAUUGUUCGACCAGACGGCAUGAUAGGAGGGAUAGUCCGCAGUGCGCACGGAGUGAAACAGUACUUCGACGGAGUCUUCGGUGCGUUCUCAGGCUGA